AUGAAGAAGAAGAAGCCUAAGAAAUCUCCGGCGAAGUCUCCCCCAGCGAAAUCGACUCCGAUAAAGUCGCCUCAGAAGUCUCCUUCUCCGACGAAAUCGAGUCCUUCGCUGUCGAAUUCAAGCCCGGAAAUGAAAGCCCCUACGGAAUCCAAGGAUGGUUCUGAUGCCCAAAUCGACUUCGCGGUCGACGCGGUUGCUCACCAUUCGUCGGAAACAUCAGAUCUACCCUCUAGAGAGAUAGAGAUCGUCGCGCCGUCGACGGAUCCUUCUCUUUUAAAUGCCAAAACUACGAUGGAGGUGGUGCCAGAGUCGAGCUCAGUAGCCCCUUUGAUCCCCUCCGCCGUCGAAACAGAGGGCUCUGGAAAGACCCUAGUUAAUCUGUCUGAGUUGAGCUUUACAGCCCCUCUGGCGAUCCCAACAAUGGACUCUGAAACAUCUAAUGCUACUAAAGACGAGGCCGCUGUUAGUGAAACUCUCCUACGUCAAGCGACUGGUUCUUCGAGCGACACGAUAGCUAUCGGUUUGUCAAAAAUCACAGACAAAGCUGAACUGCGUGAUGGUGGUGUUAAGGUGCAGCAACAGGAGACCUUACCCCGUUCCUCCGAGGUCAACGAUCCCAUGGGCUCUGGAGCUCCUGGGAAAAAUACCAGUGGUUCGGCCCCUGUUGACAACUGGUGUGCUCGUGCGAAAGGAGUAGGUAAGCGUCUCUCGAAGAAGGGUGAAGGGUUCACGUUACCGUCCGGGGAGGCUUGUAUUAAGAUCCCGAACUCUGUAAUUGAGAAGAACAGGAAAUCGUGGGAACCAUUUGUCCUGGGGCAGUUCUACUCUGACCCUCCAUCGCAAGGCACUCUUCAUAACAUUGUUAAUGGCAUAUGGAGCAAGUACUAUAGGGACAUCUCGGUCUCCAAGCUGGAGGGCUUUGCGUUCUUAUUCCGCAUUCCUAACGCAGCAACGAGACACAGAGUCAUCACGCAGGGCCUCUGGCAAAUUGAAGGCCAGACUAUGUUCGUUAAUAAUUGGGAACCGGGAGUGAUUCCAGCCAAACCCGAACUAACCUCGGCCCCCAUUUGGCUAGAGCUUCGUAACGUUCCCUUCCAAUUCUUCAAUGAGGAUGGGUUGGAGCGUAUAGCGGGCCUGGUAGGUCAUCCCAAGUUCCUGCACCCUACUACCGCUAAUAAAACAAACUUGGAGGUGGCCAAGGUCUUCACGGUCAUCGACCCACGGCAACCACUACCUGAAGCUGUUAAUGUCCAGUUUGACUCCGGGGAUAUCAGUAGGGUUCUUGUCUCCAGUCCUUGGAUGCCUCCGGUAUGUGGUUUCUGUAAGGAAGUUGGUCACAUCACCAAGAGAUGCCCUACUGCUCCUAAAGCUUGCUCCUUCUGCAACUCCCUGUCUCAUGCGUCGGCAAAAUGCCCUCAGAAACCAAACCAUGAAUUUUCUAAGAAGAAGACUAGGAGAGGGAGAUCAAAGGAGAAGCAGCAGUGGCAGGUUGUGAAUACUCCUACGGACGCGCAAAACUCUAUCAUCACUUCCUCCUCUCAUGAAAAGGGGGAUAAGGUACAGCUUGUUCUGGCUCAUGAAUCGAAGCUUGGUACCCAUUCUGACAAAGUGAGAGGGGAGACAAGCGGCUCCGUCAUACACAGUCAAUCUAAAAGUCCAAGGAAGGUUACAGGUACUUAUCGGUCUUCACUCUCCGAUGUCCAACCAGACUCAUCAGAUGUGGAGUCAUCUGAAUCUUCUGACUCAGAGCUUGAGGAGGGCGAAUUCAGUAGGCUCGAACCUGACUUUGAGCUUGUGCGAAACAAGAAGAAGUUCUCAGGAUUAAAAGAUAUUUUUCCCGGUUGGCUGUCUGAUGAUAAUUAUGGUUUCUCUCAUCUUGGUAAGAUUUGGCUGGUUUGGCAUCCUUCUUUGCGGGUUUCGGUUAUAUCUAAAUCUCUUCAGAUGAUCACGGCUGAGGUCACUUGGCCAUCUGCUCAAGCCAGCUCUUUCAUUUCAGUUAUCUACGCGGCUAACGACGCCGCUGACAGGGCUAUACUAUGGUCGGAGCUCAGUGCAAUCGCCACUUCUCACAGUCUCGACUCCAAACCGUGGCUGGUAAUUGGAGACUUUAAUCAAAUCAGGGACCCUGCUGAGCAUUCUAAGGUGCCUACUCUGAAUAUGGAUAAAAAUAUUAGAGACUUUAAUCAAUGUCUCCUGGAUGCUAGCUUAGACGACCUGAAUUUUCGUGGCACUACGUUCACUUGGUGGAACAAGCGCAAGCUGGCUCCUCUGGCUAAGAAGCUUGAUCGAGCCUUGGUUAAUGACGAAUGGUAUUAUAUGUUUCCGUCUUCUGUUGCCUACUUUGGAAGCCCAGAUUUCUCUGAUCACGCAGUCAUCGCCAUCACUCUAGAGCCUACAAGGUUAAGACUGAAGCAGCCUUUCAGGUUCUAUAAUUUCCUCAUCAACAAUGAAGACUUUCUCGCCACAGUGUGUACUAGCUGGUUCUCCUUCAACAUCACGGGCUCGGCUAUGUAUAGAGUUUCGAGGAAGCUCAAGUUACUAAAGAAUGUUAUCAGAGAGCUUAGCAAGCAAAACUAUUCGGGAAUAGAGAAAAAGACGGCUCAGGCCCAUGAAAAGAUGCUGCAGGCGCAGACUGUCAUGCUAUCUUCACCUUCUGUUUCUAAUGCAUCCUCUGAGCUUCAUGCUGAGAGGGACUGGGAAGAGUUAUCAACCGCUGAAGCUGCUUUCUUUUUCCAGCGAUCGCGCAUUAAUUGGAUGUCUUUCGGGGAUGGUAAUUCAAGGCUCUUUCACAGGUACGCUGCUUCCAGGCAAGCUCUCAAUCAUAUCCACUUUCUAUUCUCCAGCUCUGGUGAAAGAGUUGAGUCUCAGGCUGGUAUUCAAGAACUGUGCGUCAACUAUUUUUCUGAUCUUCUUGGAAGUCCGGUAUCUCAGCCUAUGUUUAUUCAAAGUGACUUGGAUCUCCUGUUUGACUUCAAGUGCUCUACUCAGCAGGCGGCUGGCUUUGAGAAACCUUUCACGGCUAAUGAUAUCAAGAACGCUUUUUUCUCUCUGCCAAGAAACAAGACGGGUGGCCCCGAUGGUUACUCAGCUGAAUUCUUUAUUGCCACCUGGCCUAUUAUUGGCCCGGAGGUGACUGAUGCGGUCUUGGAAUUCUUCAACUCGGGCUGCCUUUUGAAACAGUGGAACUCAGCAAAUCUAGUCCUCAUUCCCAAGAAGCCAAAUGCGUCUCUCACUACGGAUUUUAGACCAAUCUCUUGCUUGAACACGGUUUAUAAAGUGAUAUCUAAGCUCUUGGCCUCUAGAUUGAAGGAGAUCCUUCCCCUUAUGGUGUCCAAGUCUCAGUUGGCGUUUCUUCCUGGACGACUUCUAGCGGAGAAUGUCCUUCUAGCGACUGAUCUUGUUAAAGGUUACAAUACUCAGGCUCUCUCGCCUCGUGGAAUGUUGAAGGUGGACCUGAGGAAAGCUUUCGACUGUGUUAGGUGGGACUUCAUCCUGUCCUCUCUUCGUGCCUUGGCCAUUCCGGAGUCAUAUAUUUGUUUGAUAGCAGAAUGUUUGUCUACGGCAUCCUUCUCUGUGUCUGUCAAUGGAGCCUCUGGAGGGUUCUUUAAAAGCACUAAAGGGAUAAGACAGGGUGAUCCCCUCUCUCCCUAUCUCUUUGUGCUUGCCAUGGAGUGUCUGUCUAGGUUACUCUUAUCACGCUAUGAGGGGGGAAGCAUCGGUUAUCAUCCCGGAACUGAUCAACUAAAGAUCUCUCACCUAAUGUUCGCCGACGACGUCAUGGUUUUCUUUGAUGGAACAAGUAACAGCCUACAUGGCAUUGCGGAGUGCCUCGACGAUUUUGCCUCUUGGUCGGGACUGCACAUGAACAAAGCCAAGACCGAGCUCUUCACCUCAGGAGUAGACCAAAGCGAAUCCAAUGCCAUUGUGGGCUAUGGAUUCUCUACGGGUAAAUUCCCAAUCAGGUACCUCGGGCUUCCUUUGAUGAGUCGUAAGCUGAAAAUCUCGGAGUACUCCCCCUUGAUAUCUAAGAUAACCAAAAGCUUCAAGUCAUGGUCGGCCAAGCUUCUCUCCUUCGCUGGUAGACUGCAACUUCUCAAGACAGUAAUUUUUGGCACAAUUAAUUUCUGGAUUUCUGCCUUUGUUCUUCCUAAAGGGUGUAUUAGGGAGGUUGAAUCGCUCUGUUCUCGAUUUCUUUGGUCUGGAAAUAUUGAUAGAAGAGGUAUAGCAAAGGUAGCUUGGUCAACGGUUUGUCUCCCUAAAGACGAAGGGGGACUAGGCUUGAGAAGCUUCGCGGUCUGGAACCAAGUAUUAUGCUUGAAAUUCAUCUGGCUAUUGCUUUCGAGGUCGCCCUCCCUGUGGGUUGACUGGCACUGGCACACUCACUUGGCUGAGGUCUCAUUCUGGAAACUGGAGCCUUCAGCAAAUGACUCUUGGGCUUGGAGAAAGCUUCUUGAUCUUCGUCCUUUGGCCCUGCAGUUUUGCAAAAUGACUGUAGGAAAUGGUUUAUCUACUAGCUUUUGGUAUGAUGUUUGGACUCCUUUAGGUCAGCUCUCCACGGUAAUGGGAUGGGCUGGGCCUCGUGCCUUGCGCAUCAGAGAGGACGCUAUGGUGGCUGAUGCCAUCUUAGGAACUACAUGGUCAUUACCACAUCCAAGAUCCCAGCAGGAAGUUGAUUUACAUGCUUUUUUAACUACUAUAACUCUUCCUUUGUCCCCUGAUGUUCAUGAUAUAUUGGAUUGGAUUGCUGGUGAUUCUCCUAUGCGUGAUUUCAGGUCAUCUAGCACGUGGGAGGUGCUGCGACCGCGACAGGAAAAGAAGGAUUGGGUAGAUGUGGUAUGGUUCAAGGGAGCUAUACCAAAGCAAGGAUUCACCAUGUGGGUGGCGAAUUACGACAGGCUCCCAACAAGAGCUAGACUUGCAGGAUGGGGAAUGCUUAUUUCUCCGAAAUGUGGAUUCUGUUCAAGGUGUGAUGAAACCAGAGACCAUCUCAUGUUGGCAUGCGAGUACAGUCAUGAAGUCUGGAAGGAGGUGCUGCUAAGAUGCCAGUCGCCUGCAACACUGCUCACCAACUGGUCUGAGCUUCUGUCAUGGAUCCGAUCGUCGCCGUGCAAGAAGCUGACUCUCCUCCGGAAGCUGGCUUCACAGACCACAGUCUUCCAUCUUUGGAAACAAAGAAAUAACCUAAUGCAUAACCAGAUUGCGAUCUCUCCUGAAUCUGUCUUUUAUGCCAUUGACAAGGACUUGAGGAACAUUAUAUCAGCAAGAAGAAGAAGUAGUAAGCAUUUUCAUUCACUCAUGUUGAUGUGGCUGAGAUAAGAUUUCUUGUAGGUUGCAAUCUCAAUGAUCCAUCUUGUUUUUCUCUUUUUUGCCAAGAUGGCUCAAACAUAAGAUCUUUCUUGUAAAAUCUUCUUUUCAUUAUAUGAUAUUUACAUUUUAGCAAAAAA